AUGAAUGCCGUGAACGUUGGAAAGACUUCCAAGUUUGUGAAGCAGGUGCCAAGCUACGUGGAGCUGGUUCCUGGCAUCAAGAUCCCUACCGGCAAGAAUAAGGAUGGCAUUGUCUUCGAGGGCAUGAAGGAGCAAGGCCUGGUGCAGAUGUUGGGCACUUGCGAGCCCACGUCCGACAAUGGCAUGCUCUAUGUUUACAAGAACAAGUUCUGGGAUGCUGACACGGGGCUAGUGAACAUUGCGGGCUUUUUGGAUGAGAAAGCAGAGCAGGAGAAGAUGCAGCAAAUUGAAGAGGAGAAGGCAAAAGUCGAGGACCAGAUUGAGUCUGCCGAGGACAAAGCGACAGAGUUGGGCCUCCUCAAGGAGAAGCCAGCGACAAAGCCUGCUGCGGCGCCCCCAGCGCCUCCGGCUGCGGCGCCCCCUGCGCCUCCGGCGGCUGCGGCGCCUCCGGCACCUCCGGCAGCCGCGGCGCCUCCAGCACCUCCGGCGGCCGCGGCGCCUCCGGCACCUGCAGCAACAGAGCCGGCGGUGACUUUGGACCCUAUGGAGAAGCUUGAAGAGAUUGCCAACACUGCUUCUAAGGCCAAGGAGGCGGCGGAGGAGGCAGAGGAGACCCAUGUGGACCCAGAGACUGCUGCAGCAAAGGUUCUGGGUGCCGCGCUUGACAAGGCCGAGGAGACCAAGGCCGAGGAAGUGACGGCACCAGCGGAGCUGGCAAAGCCGUCUGCCACAAUCGACGCCCUUGCUGCUGGUAUGAAGGAGUUGGCUGCGGCAGCCCCCGCCGAGCUGGCAAAGCCGUCUGCCACACUCGACGCCGUUUCUGCUGGUGUGAAAGACUCGGCCGCGGCCAUGCAGGCAGCCGCUGAGAAGACUGCGGCGGACUUGGCGGCAAGCCAGGAGGCAGCCCAGAAGGCAGCAGAAGAGGCCGCCCAGAAGCUGCAAGAGCAGACCGAGCAGGCCGCGGCAGAUGCCAAGGAGGCUGCCGACAAGCUGGCUGCGCAGACCCAGGCAGCUGCUGACAAGCUUGCUGCGCAGACCAAGGCAGCUCUCAAGCAAACUGCCAACAAGCUGACUGCGCAGACCCAGGCAGCACAAGAGGCGGCAGAGCAGCACGUGGGCGCUGUGGCGAAGGCCACCGAGGAGCAGGCAGCUGCGGUGAAGAAGGCUGCCGAGACGCAUGCGGCAGCCAUCCAGCAGGCUGCAGAGGACCACUCUGCCGCCCUGAAGGAUGCCAUAGCGACUGGCGUCGCGUCGACUGAGGAGUCGCCAGCGGUGGCAAAGAAGGCCGCUGCCGCUGUGGGCAUUGAGUCCCGCCGCCUAACAUUGUUGAUUUAA